AUGCACCUUCAUUCGCUUUCUAUCCCGACGGAUUCUCCAGCACCGUCGUCCAAACCAUCAUCUUCAAAGGAGUCCCAUUUCAGAGGCGUCCGGAAGCGUCCAUGGGGCCGCUUCGCCGCCGAGAUCCGUGAUCCAUGGAAAAAGACCCGCAAGUGGCUAGGCACUUUUGACACAGCAGAAGAAGCAGCCAGAGCCUACGACGAUGCUGCCAGGGCUCUCCGUGGACCCAAAGCGAAGACCAACUUCUCAUACUUCGUCGCUCCUACCAUUCUUCCAAUGCCUCCAUCCCUCGACGGCGGUAGUGGGAGACAGGUCGUGUUUUGGGGUCCUCCGGUUUGUUUCACGGCGGGUGCUCCGGUUAGGUCGGAAUACAAAGGUUACAAGUUGGAGAAUAUUGUGGCGAGUAAGGCGAAGGAGGAGGAGAAGAAGAAGCCGUUUUUGUUUGACCUUAACUUGCCGGCACCGCUAGUUUGA